CUAUCACAACGCGUACCUAUAGCACUCCAAACGUUUGAACGAACAUGACGGGGGGAACACAGGGUAGUACAUCUUUCAUUACCGUUGCCACUUGCAACCUAAACCAGUGGGCGCUGGAUUUCGACGGAAAUGCAGAUCGUAUUAUCGAAAGCUGUCGAGAGGCCAAGCGUCUUGGCGCGUCCUACCGACUCGGACCCGAACUGGAAAUUCCAGGUUAUGGAUGUGAAGAUCAUUUUCUAGAAAACGAUACUUUCGCACACUGCUGGGAGAGUCUCGUGAUGAUUCUAGAAAGUGGAGUGACGGAUGAGAUGCUAUGUGAUCUCGGGAUGCCUGUUUUGUUUUGUGGAGUACGCUACAACUGCCGAGUUCUGGUGCGAUGCCGAAAGAUUCUUUUAAUUCGCCCGAAAGUCGCAAUGGCAGACAACGGCAACUAUCGCGAAUCAAGAUACUUUACCGCGUAUCGAUCACCGAUCGAUACGAAGUGUGAAAAACUGAUUCUUCCGAAGGUUUUUCACGAGAAGUUUGGACAGCUAUCAGCUCCGUUUGGAACGCGUUUUCUCGAGUUUGCCGACGGCGUUUCAAUUGGAUGCGAGAGCUGCGAAGAACUUUGGACGCCUCGAGCAACCCACAUUGAACUAGCAUUGCAAGGUGCCGAAAUUUGUGGAAACGGCUCCGGAAGUCACCACGAGCUACGCAAACUGAAUCAACGAUUGGAGCUCAUCGUAUCAGCAACCAGGAAAUGUGGCGGUGUCUAUCUUUACGCCAAUCAACGAGGCUGCGAUGGUGGUCGCAUGUACUAUGACGGUGGAGCAUUAAUUGUCUGCAAUGGCAAGAUCCUGGCGCAGGCACAACAGUUCAGUCUGGAAGAUGUGCAAGUCGUUGCCGCAACCGUAGACCUUGACGAUGUCCGCUCAUAUCGUGCUUCAAUCCCUUCUUUUGGUGUGCAGGCAACGGAAUCGCAACGCGCUCAGUCGCAACGAUCCUUUAUAGAAUGCUCUGACUAUCUGGUUAACGAAGGUGCAAGUUCUCUUAUGUCGGCGACCUCAAUUUCCCAAUCACCUCGUGUUCAUUGUCCAGAGGAAGAGUGUUGCUUGGGCCCUGCUUGUUGGUUGUGGGAUUAUCUGCGUCGUUCAGGAGCUGCGGGAUUCUUUUUGCCGCUGUCGGGAGGGGCCGAUUCCUCGUCAGUGGCUGCCAUUGUUGGGGCGAUGUGCAAAAUGGCGACAGCCGCUGCACGUGCUGAUCCGAAUGGAGUAGUGGCCACCGAUUGUCGCAAAAUCUGUCGCCAGGAGGGGCUCUGGGUGCCGUCAUCAUCUCAUGAAUUGGCGAAUUUCGUCUUGCAUACAACUUACAUGGGCACUGAAAACUCGUCAGAAAAUACUACGUCCCGAGCUCGUCGACUUGGUGAAGUAAUCGGCUCGUACCACUUAUCAAUCAAGAUUGAUACAAUGGUGCAAGCUGUCGUCAAGGUCUUCUCUACGACGACAGGUCAUACUCCACGAUUUUCAGUUCGAGGUGGGUCCGUAGCUGAGGAUUUGGCCUUACAAAAUAUCCAAGCAAGAUUACGGAUGGUUACUGCCUAUCUUUACGCUCAGCUGUUGCCUUGGGUACGUGGGCGUUCGGGAUUUUUGUUGGUACUGGGAAGCGCCAAUGUGGAUGAAGGAUUACGUGGAUACAUGACAAAGUAUGACUGCUCUUCGGCGGAUUUGAACCCCAUUGGUGCCAUCUCGAAAGGCGAUCUCAAGAAAAUGCUCGAAUGGGCCGCAAAAACGUAUGAUUGGGAAAUACUUGCAGAAAUCGCAGGUGCGCCACCAACAGCAGAGCUUCGACCGAAAGGAGAAGGUGUUGGAGCUACAACAGAACAUUCGCAAUUGGACGAAGAGGAAAUGGGCAUGUCGUAUGAAGAGCUCGGAUUUUUUGGAACGCUGCGAAAGAUUUCACGUUGCGGACCCGUCUCGAUGUUUCGCAAAUUGUGUGUGAUAUGGAAUCAUUUGCCGCCUCAUGAAGUCGGCGCCAAAGUAAAACGGUUCUUUUAUUUUUAUUCGAUCAAUCGGCACAAAAUGUGCACAAUCACACCAUCGUAUCAUGCGGAAGGAUAUUCACCGGAUGACAACCGUUUCGAUUUACGUCAAUUUCUUUACAAUGCACGAUGGCCUCGACAGUUUUCUGUCAUCGAUAAACUCGUGGAGGGACAAGAGGACUUAACAGCAAACGAAUAACAUGCGCACUUUUGUGAACGUUUUGACAGUCAGUGCAGUAGUACAUGUAAAGAAAGUGGCAUAUUUCGGAUUUCCUGUAUUACCAUUGGGUCAGUUUAUCGGAGUCGUGUUUUUAAGACGGAGAACUUCCACAGUGUUCCGUGUGUUCCGGGACUUUCCUAGAGGAGCGCACGACAGCAACAAAUCUUCCUCGUUUAGCACGGAAAACAGGGAUAUCGACCCGUCGCAUAAAAAGCAAAUAGAUUGCAUCAUGAAGGCUAUGCAGCUCAUGUACCACACGGCCCAAGCCAAGGCCAUUGAUGUCGAAAAACCAGGCGCCUUAGGACCACAGGAAGUGCUUGUGAAGGUCCAGUACUCGGCAAUCGACACUGGCGUCGAAGCUCUCGUCCAAAAAACGAUUACGGGUAUGUUCAUCCAUGCACGUACCGACCCACUAAUUCUUGGUUGGCAUUUUUCCGGAGUAAUUGCCGAGAUAGGUGACCAGGUUUCUAGUUUGAAACUUCAAGAUCACGUAUGGGGAUUUCUACAGUACCAGCCAAGCCAGAAGCAGGGAUCCUUUGCCGAGUACAUCAAAGUGAGCGCUGACGAAUGUGCUGUCCGACCCCGGGGAGUGGGGGCAGACAUUGCGGCCGCCGCAUCGACGGAGUCGUUGACGGCUUUGCAAGCCAUGAAAAAUCUAUGCGGGCUUCAGAAAGAUGGUUCCGUGUUGAUUUUGGGAGCGGGAGGCGGGGUUGGUUCGGCGGCAGUGCAAAUUGCCAAAAUUCUCGGUGCCCACGUGACGGCAGUGGUGGGUACCAAAGAUGUGGAGCGCGUCAAAGCAUUAGGAGCAGAUGUUGUGUUGGAUCGAUCCAAAGACGAUCCGCUGGGUGGGGAUGCGAUGUACGAUGUGAUUUUCGAUACUCCAUCCAAAUACUGGGCACCAACAUGUAUGAAAAAACUGAGUGGCAACGGAACUUAUGUCACCACACUACCAAGCCUGGGCCUUUAUGUUGGUAUGUUCCUGUCUUUUUUUAACGCUAAAGGAUCCAAAUUUGUCGAAUGCAAAUCUACCACCGAGGAUUUGAAACUAGUGGGAUCUUGGUUGGACGAAGGCAAACUCAAGAUCGACAUUGACAGCACGCACCCGAUUCGAAACCUUGAAGCCGCGGUUACCCGGCAAAGUGACCCUUCGAAAAUUGGACGCAUUGUCAUACAAGUUGAUGGUGGUUGGGAAUAG